UGGAGUUGCCAGGAACUCCUGCAGCUCUCCCAGGAGAGGCAACGGCAGAGGCAACAGUUGACUCCAGACGUAGUGCCUGCCCCUAACCUGCAGGUGGCGACCUACUGCAAGGCUUGCUUCAUAGCCCUAUCCUCUCAGGACAGGUCUUUCAAACACUGUGCCUCCUUGGGGCACACCCAGAUGAUCUCCGGGGACACAACCACGGGGUGGAAACAUCGUCCCCCACCUCACAGCCGCAAAGCAGAGUUUUGGCUGUGCGAAAGGUAAACCUGUUUUUGUAAACAAGGAGCGACACCUAUGUCUGCGAACACUGCAAAGCCUAAAAGUGCAAUCUGUAUGAUAGUGAUUGAUGCAUAUGUAAAUAGACCUUAUUGUCUAUAAGUUAUCAAUUAGACAUAUUCUUUAAAAAACAUUUAUACGUCUCAUUAUAGUUUGCACUGCCAUUUUUUCUCAGGCCUGACACAUGUGAAUAUGGCACCAACUGCGUGAAAGCUCACUCUGUGGAGGAGCUUGAAGAGUGGCUAAUGCGAGCCAAAGAGGACAAGGAGAUAGGCCUCAUGUCUUACAGGGAACGUCUCUUAGAGGAGUACAGACAUAGCAGCAAUGAAGUGCACAUUGUAAGUCAUCAUAGUUCAGAUGAGGAAAAAUUUCUCCAUGCAAUUGAGAUUCAAUCAAACCUGCAUUUAAGUAAACCAAGUGAGGCUAUUCAUGAAUGCUUAUUGUGUGAAAAAUAACAAAGCAGUAGUGUCUAUAAAAAACGGUAUUUUGCAGGAAAUACUGCACAGGGUUUUUGCACUCUGAAUAGGACGAUUGAACAGAGAACUGAUCAAAUAGUCAACACUUAGCUUAAAGCCAUCUGUUAUAAUGCAUUUUAUAUGAUCGUAAACCAUUGUAAGACAUUGUCCUCCUGUUCACUGAUCACUUAGAAAUUCUACUUACUGUAUGCAGUAUUAUCCAACUUGGUUUACUAUAAUAUUUUAAUUAUCCCCAAACAACAAACUAAUUGUAUGUCUCCAUUUACAGAUUUCAGAGCAAGUUGAUGACGUGAGUGUCACUUUUGAUGAGGAUUUGUGUGUGGAGUGUGUGGAGACUGAUGUCAAAUUAAAAUGGAACUUCCAGAUCAAAACAGAGGUAAAGGAUAGCUAUAAGUAGCCUACUCUAUGUUGUUAAAUUACAUAUUGGUUUACUUACGCUGUAAGCAGUCUAUGGAAAAGGUAUGUUUUGGUUUUAUUUCCCUGGCACAGUUUCCAAAUGCUAACAUUUUAGCAUUUGGGUUACAAAUCCCAUUCAAGUCAUGGUACCGAUAUUAGCAUUUUUCACGCAUCACGUACAAAUCAUCCGAAGGUAUCCAUACAGUGCAUUCAAAAAGUAUUCAUACCCCUUGACUUAUUCCAUAUUUGGUUGUGUUACAGCCUGAAUUCAAAAUUGAUUAAAUAGAUUUUUCCCCCCGCACACAUCUACACACAAUACCCCAUAAUGACAAAGUGUAAACAUGUUUUUAGACAUUUUCGCAAAGUUAUUGAAAAUGAAAUACAGAAAUAUCUUAUUUACAUACACUAUCAGUCACAAGUUUGGACACACCUACCCAUUCAAGGGUUUUUCUUUAUUUUUACUAUUUUUUACAUUGUAGAAUAAUGGUGAAGACAUCAAAACUAUUAAAUAACACAUAUGGAAUCAUGUAGUAACCAAAAAAGUGUUGAACAAAUCAAAAUGCAUUUUAUAUUUUAUAUUCUUAAAAAAGCCACCCUUUGCCUUGAUGACAGCUUUAAACACUCUUGGCAUUCUUUCAACCAGCUUCAUGAGGUAGUCACCUGGAAUGCAUUUCAAUUAACAGGUGUGCCUUCUUAAAAGUUAAUUUGUGGAAUUUCUUUCCUUCUUAAUGCGUUUGAGCCAAUCAGUUAUUUUGUGACAAGGAAGAUAUCCCUAUUUGGUAAAAGACCAAGUCCAUAUUAUGGCAUGAACAGCUCAAAUAAGCAAAGAGAAAUGACAGUCCAUCAUUACUUUAAGACAUGAAGGUCAGUAAAUACGGAACAUUUCAAGAACUAUGAUGAAAGUGGCUCUCAUGAGGAACGCCACAGGAAUGGAAGACCCAGAGUUACCUCUGCUGCAGAGGAUAAGUUCAUUAGCGUUACCAGCCUCAGAAAUUGCAGCCCAAAUAAAUGCUUCACAGAGUUCAAGUAACAGACACAUCUCAACAUCAACUGUUCAGAGGAGACUGUGUGAAUCAGGCCUUCAUGGUCGAAUUGCUGCAAAGAAACCACUAAUAAAGGACACCAAUAAUAAGAAGAGACCUGUUUGGGCAAAGAAACAUGAGCAAUGGACAUUAGACAGGUGAAAAUGUGUCCUUUGGUCUGGAGUCCAAAUUUGAGAUUUUUUGUUCCAACCGCCUUGUCUUUGUGUGGGGGUGCAUUGCUGGUGACACUUUCUGUGAUUUAUUUAGAAUUCAAGGCACACUUAACCAGCUUGGCUACCACAGCAUUCUGCAGCGAUACGCCAUCCCAUCUGGUUUGGGUUUAGUGGGACCAUCAUUUGUUUUUCAACAGGACAAUGACCAAACACACCUCUAAGCUGUGUAAGGGCUAUUUUCCCAAGAAGGAGAGUGAUGGAGUGCUGCAUCAGAUGACCUGGCCUCCACAAUCCCCCGACCUCAACCAAAUUGAGAUGGUUUGUGUCACGGUUUCGGCCGAGGCUGCUCCUCCUCCUUGCUCGGGCAGGCUUCGGCGGUCGUCGUCCCCGGAGUACUAGCUACCACCGUUGUAUGUUAUCGAUGUUCGUGUCUUUAUUGUACACCUGUUUUCCAUUUGGGUUGAUUAUGUCCCCUAUAAGUUUCUCGUUUUGUUAGUCGUGUAUUGUGUGUUAUUGUUCGCCUGUCAUCAGGUGCGGCUUGUCUUUUGUAUUUUGUAUUUCCUGUCGUCGCACUGUACUGUUUUCGUGCGCUUUGGAUUACUUGUGUUUUGCGCAUUGUUGCGCAUAGUCCGCCUCCUAUUUUGUUGAGGCCAGAGUCUAAUUUAUUGUGUUCAGUAAAGUCGGUUGGACUUAGCUUCUGUGUCCUGCGUGUGACUCCUCCACCACAUCCACAUCAGCCACUGUGACAGUUUGGGAUGAGUCGUACGGCAGAGUGAAGGAUAAGCAACCAAACAAGUCCUCAGCAUAUGUAGGAACUCCUUCAAGACUGUUGGAAAAGCAUUCCAGGUGAAGCUGUUUCAGAGAAUGCCAAGAGAGUUCAAAGCUGUCAUCAAGGCAAAGGGUGGCUAUUUGAAGAAUCUCAAAUAUAAAAUAUAUUUUGAUUUGUUUAACACUCUUUUGGUUACUACAUGAUUCCAUAUGUGUAAUUUCAUAGUUUUGAUGUCUUCACUUUUAUUCUACAAUGUAGAAAAUAGUAAAAAUAAAGAAGAAACCCUUGAAUGAGUAGGUGUGUCCAAACUUUUGACUGGUACUGUAAGUUUUCACACGCCUUUGCUAUCAAACUGAGCUCAGCCAAUUCAAUUGUUUGGACACAAUUUAGAAAAACAACACACCUGUCUACAGUGCAUUCAGAAAGUAUUCAGACCCCUUUACUUUUCCACAUUUUGUUACUUUACAGCUUUAUUCAGAAAUUGAUUAAAUAGUUGUUUCCCCCUCAUCAAUCUACACAAAUUACCCCAUAAUGACAAAGCGAAAACCGUUUUUUAGAAAUGUUUACUGAUGUAUAAAAAAUACAAAACUGAUAUCACAUUUACAUAAGUAUUCAGACCCUUUACUCAGUAAUUUGUUGAAUCAUCUUUGGCAGUGAUUAUGACGCUACAAGCUUGGCACACAUGUAUUUGGGGAGUUUCUCCCGUUCUUCUCUGCAGAUCCUCUCAAGCUCUGUCAGGUUGGAUGGGGAGCGUCGCUGCACAGCUAUUUUCAGGUCUCUCCAGAGAUGUUCUAUCGGGUUCUAGUCCGGGCUCUGGCUGGGCCACUCAAGGACAUUCAGAGACUUGUCCCGAAGCCACUCCUGCGUUGUCUUGGCUGUGUGCUUAGGGUCGUUGUCCUGUUUGGAGGUGGUCCGGAGCGCUCUGGAGCAGGUUUUCAUCAAGGAUCUCUCUGUACUUUGCUCUGUUAAUCUUUGCCUCGACCCUGACUAGUCUCCCAAUCCCUGCCGCUGAAAAACCUCCCCACAGCAUGAGGGUGCCACCACUAUUCUUCACUGUAGGGAUGGUGCCAGGUUUCCUCCAGACGUGAUGCUUGGCAUUCAGGCCAGAGAAUCUUGUUUCUCAUGGUCUGAGAGUCUUUAGGUGCCUUUUGGCAAACUCCAAGUGGGCUGUCAUGUGCCUUUAACUGAGGAGUGGCUUCCGUCUGGCCACUCUACCAUAAAGGCCUGAUUGGUGGAGUGUUGCAGAGAUGGUUGUCCUUCUGGAAGGUUCUCCCAUCUCCACAGAUGAAGUCUAGAGCUCUGUCAAAGUGACCAUCGGGUUCUUGGUCACCUCCCUGACCAAGGCCGUUUUCCCCCGACUGCUCAGUUUGGCCAGGCAGCCAGCUCUAGGAAGAGUCUUGGUGGUUCCAAACAUCUUCCAUUUAAGAAUGAUGGAGGCCGCUGUGUUCUUGGGGACCUUCAAUGCUGCAGACAUUUGUUGGUACCCUUCCCCAGAUCUGUGCCUCGAUACAAUCCUGUCUUUGAGCUCUACAGACAAUUCCUUCGACCUCAUGGCUUGGUUUUUGCUCUGACAUGCACUGUGGGACCUUAUAUAGACAGGUGUGUGCCUUUCCAAAUCAUGUCCAAUCAAUUGAAUUUACCACAGGUGGACUCCAAUCAAGUUGUAAAAACAUCUCAAGGAUGAUCAAUGGAAACAGGAUGCACCUGAGCUCAAUUUCGAGUCUCAUCGCAAUGGGUCUGAAUACUUAUGUAAAUAAAGUAUUUCUGUUUUUUGUUUUUAAUAAAUGUGCAAAAAUGUCUAAAAACCUGUUUUUGCUUUGUCAUUGUGGGGUAUUGUGUGUAGAUUGCUGAGGAAAAAGUUGUAUUUAAUCCAUUUUAGAAUAAGGCUGUAACAUAACAAAAUGUAGAAAAAGUCAAGUGGUCUGAAUACUUUCCGAAGGCACUGUAGAUUUGAUACCAUUAAUUUACUAUUUAGCAGGCUGGUUAUUUAGCAGUCUUAAGGCUUGGGGGUAGGAGCCGUCUCGGACCCUGUCGGUCCAAGAGCCGAUGCUCCGAUACCAUUUGCCGGACGGUAGCAGAGUGAAUAGUCUAUGUGGCUGGAGUCUUUGGUAAUUUUUCGGGCAUGGAUGGCAGGGAGCUCGGUCCCAGUGAUGUACUGGGCUGUCCACACCACCCCCUGUAGCGCAAUGCAGUCAAGGGCGGUGCAUUUGUCAUACCAAGAGGUGAUGCAGACAGUCAAGAUGUUCUCAAUGGUGCAGCUGUAUAACUUUUUGAGGAUCUGAGGGCCCAUGCCAAAUAUUUUCAGGCACGGUAGAUGAUUCGAAAAUGAUGCGCGAAAAAUGCUAAUAUCGGUACCAUGACUUGAAUGGGAUUUGUGACACAAAUAAUAAAACAUUAGCAUUUGGAAACACUGCCAGGGAAACCAUUGUUAUACCUUGUCCAUGGACUUCUUACAUGUGAAGGAAAUCAAUAUGUCAUUUUGUAAUUUGGGUAAAAUAUCUCUUUAAGUGUCUGUUAAGUGUGAAUACACUGCUCUUGAAUACAGUGAUUGGGUGAUUCCUCACGAAACAAGGAGAAACAUUGUUUUUGCAUUUUUACUAAUUUUAUCCAUGGAAUGUUCCUUUGGUGGAAGGAUUGUUGACAUAUAUUUGGCAUUUGUAUCUUAAAGCAUAAUUUAAUUGAAGUUAGAAUAUUUGUGACAUUUUGGCCUUACCCAGGCCUCCUUUAAGACUCCAUCAUGUUUCAUCUGUAGGUGCUACAUAGCAGUAAGGUUUCAAUAACAAUUUUCUUACCUUUUAUUUAUAAAUAUUGAAAAAUCUAAACAUGAAUAUUGAAAAAACGUCUUUGUUUCCCAGACUCUGUUCUGGACUUGGGGACUGUGCAGAGACCCCUGGUGGCAUGUCUUGUUGGGUAUACACGGAGCUUUCAACAUAUCAACACCUUUCACAAAGACUAGUAGUAAUGCAGUAAAUCUCACUUCUACUUUGAGCCAGGAGCGAUUGACAUGCAUGUUAGCCCAGUCUCUAGCUUUUCCAGGGUCAGUGAUACAUAAAGCAGCCAUAUACUGCCUAUGGGAACAACUUCAACCAUUUUGCAAGGAACAUUGCUAAAAUGAAUUAAAUAAAUUAUAAUGAACCUCAAAAUAUUUUACAUGUAAAGCUCAUCUCCUGUAGCUUAAAACCCAUCUCCUUAUUUUCAUACUGUACCUAAAUUGCAAGGAUUGGAUUUGCACUAAACAAUUUGCACUUUAAAGGCAUGUACAAAAUCUGGUAUAUAGGUUGCCUCAUAUAUAUAGUCUGCUGGUAUCAUUUUUAAUUGAGAACAUAUAGCUCAACAUGUAAACAAUGUGUGAGUUUAGCUUUUCUCUGCUUCAGAUCACAAGGGGUGCAUUGCACAUGCCCAUCAUACUACCAGGCCAGUAAUGUCAUCAUACUGUAUGGCUACAUUGGCGAAGCCAUAUGAUAAGCUGCUAAAUGGAUUUACAUGGCUGAUAUACUGAGACUGACAAUCAAAUAAAACAGACUGAAUAUCUUACAACACAACCCAUUCUCCUCUUUAUUGCAGGAUUGUGAUCUGUGAUUAAUCAACAUUGAUACUAGUUCAUGUUGAAUAAUAGUUUAACAAUACAAAUUUAAACACUUAACUUAAAAGAAUCAACACUUCAUAUUCAAAAUUUACAAAUAAGCUAACUUGUAUGUAAAGAUUAGACAUCUUAGUCUAAACAACAAUAGAUCAUUGAGUAGUAACAAGUAGGCUAUUAUAACUAAAGCGUCAUUUCAGGUGAACCAAAAAAAGUCAAUACCAGCGGUGGCCAACAUUACUCCACUGAUCCCCGACCUACUGGGUGAGCAGACUUCUGUUCCAGGGCAGCAAUAGCACACUUGAUUAUCACCUCAUUAGCGGUGGCUGGUAGCCUAUGUGAAAAAUCUGUAGAUGUGCAAGGCACUUUACCCUAAUUGCUCCUUUAAGUCGCUCUGGAUAAGAGUGUCUCCUAAAAUGUGGAUCAGGUGUGUUAUUGCUAGGCUGAAAAAUAAGCCUAGACCUUCAGCAAGGUUGGCCUGCUCCAGUUGAAACAACAUUUCCUAACAUAGGAACCCAUGCCAUAUAGGAUAUACCCUUUGUUACAGGUUUUGGCUUUUCCAUUUAUGUUUUGAGGUUGGACUUUAGCACAUAUAGCACUUUAGCACGUUGGGCGCUCCGAUUGGUGUCACCUUGUUAGUUAGUAUCUGUUACACCUGUGCUGGCUUGUCCAUCUCGUUAGUCGGAAGGUGUUUCACCUGUGCUGGCCCAGGCGAUAUUGAAGAGUGGCUGGCCCAGCACUCCAGUUGUCUUGAGAGAGGCGGAGGGUCAACACCUUUAGUUGGCUCUUCCUUUUUGAGUUUUAGAAAAACAUUCCUUUGUCUGAUCUUCCCUGUUCCACUUUUUGGUUUGCGUCCUGUCUUUAAGUUUGAUGGGUUUUUCUUUUGUUUGCCUCAAAUUUAGUGGGCGCUCAUGGUGGGUGCCUUUUAGGUUGGUUGUUGUUGCUAGUCAACUUUCAGUGGACACCCCACCUGUUUCGUUUUGGUUGUUGUCAGUGACUCUUUGUUAGUUCCCACUUCUGUUUGAGCGACAUUAUUUGGUUUUCUUGCUGGGGAACGUGACACCCUUAGUCUCUUGGGACAUUCAUUGAGACAAAUUGCUUUCACAGUUUUCCAUAUCUGAAGACUGGAAAUAUCAUGAAGAAACAAGCUUUAUUAUACUCAGAUUAGACAGCAUUGUAUAUUAUGUUGCUAUUAUCUCUCUGUCCUCAAAGUUUUCCCCUCUAGGAAUUGGAAGUGGAGAAUCUUUUCAUAAUGUCCUCCCACCAAAUGACCUGUCCUAUCCAGUAGCAUACCACACUCUCCCUUUACCGACAGAGGAGAACUGGGUGAAAGUGUUGUGGUCAGAUGAGACCAAAAUCGAGCUCUUUGGCAUCAACUCAACUCACCAUGUUUGGAGGAGGAGGAAUGCUGCCUAUGACCCCAAGAACACCAUUCCCACCGUCAAACAUGGAGGUGGAAACAUUAUGCUUUGGGGGUGUUUUUCUGCUAAGGGGACAGGACAACUUCACCACAUCAAAGGGACGAUGGACGGGGCCAUGUACCGUCAAAUCUUGGGUGAGAACCUCCUUCCCUCAGCCAGGGCAUUGAAAAUUGGUUGUGGAUGGGUAUUCCAGCAUGACAAUGACCCAAAACACACGGCCAAGGCAACAAAGGAGUGGCUCAAGAAGAAGCACAUUAAUGUCCUGAAGUGGCCUAGCCAGUCUCCAGACCUUAAUCCCAUAGAAAAUCUGUGGAGGGAGCUGAAGGUUCGGUUUAGAACGCGUUGUGAAGUUUGACUUUACCAGUGUAUUCCCAAAAAUCUAAUACUUCAAUUUCGCUAAUAUGGUAGUUACCACUAUUUAGCGCGAUCUGUAAGAUUAAUUUAGAAUGCCAGAGGACGAGAAUCUAGCUAGCUACUGUACUAUCUUUGCUACUACUUUGUGUCCACAGGAAUGUUUACCCGGGGCAACAAUGGGAAAUGGCAGUGAAGUAGGAAAGCCGGAUCUCGCAACUCCUUUUCCUAUGCCAAAUUGACGUUGAAACAGGUGCUGUUAAGAAGGAGUGUUUGAACAUAGUGGGAGGCAACGAGGAUAUCUAAAGAGACUAAGCCUAGACCGGAGUAUGUUGUUAGUGUAGUAUUCGUGCAGAAGCUGUCUUGAGCUUUGUUUGGUUCUCUCAAAAAAAAAUGUCCUGUGGGGUUGUGAACCCUCCUUGUUUGGAUUUGAAAAUCCAACAGUUGUAUUGGAAGGGGGCAGCGCUUGGGGGCUGUGUGUGGCUGUCGUUGUGGGCAGUGGUGUCGUGGAGGGUAUAUUUAGGUAUACAGUGCUUUCUGAAAGUAUUCAGACCCCUUGUUUAUUUCCACAUUUUUUUUACGUUACAGCCUUUUUCAAAAAUGGAUUAAAUGGAUUAAAUUGUUUUCCCCCCCCUCGAUCUACACACAAAACCCCAUAAUGACAAAGCAAAAACGGGUUAUUAGAAAUGUUUGCAAAUGCAUCAAAAAUAACUAACUUAAAUAUUAUAUUUACAUAAGUAUUCAGACCCUUUACUCAGUACUUUGUUGAAGCACCUUUGGCAGCGAUUACAGCCUUGAGUCUUCUUGGGUAUGUUGGAGAGUUUCUCCCAUUCUUCUCUGCAGAUCCUCUCAAGCUCUGUCAGGUUGGAUGGGGAGCGUCGCUGCACAGCUAUUUUCAGGUCUCUCCAGAGAUGUUUGUUCGGGUUCAAGUCCAGGCUCUGGCUGGGCCACUCAAGAACAUUCAGAGACUGGUACUGAAGCCACUUCUGCGUUGUCUUGGCUGUGUGCUUAGGGUCGUUGUCCUGUUGGAAGGUGAACCUUCACCCUGGAGCAGGUUUUCAUCAAGGAUCUCUCUGUGUAUUGUAAUAUAUUUGACCUUGCUGGUCAUCUAUGAACAUCUUGAAGAACAAUCUGGCCUUAAUGCACAGCCAAAAGAGGACUGGCCACCCCUCAGAGCCUGGUUACUCUCUAGGUUUCUCCCUAGGUUCCUGCCUUUCAAGGGAGUUUUUCCUAGCCACGUGCUUCUACAUCUGCAUUGCUUGCAGUUUGGGGUUUUAGGCUGGAUUUCUGUAUAGCACUGUGUGACAUCUGCUGAUGUAAAAAGGGCUUUAUAAAUACAUUUGCUUGAUUUGUAUUUUGCUCCGUUCAUCUUUCCCUCGAUCCUGACUAGUCUCCCUGCAGCUGAAAAACAUCCCCACAGCAUAAUGCUGCUACCACCAUGCUUCACUGUAGAGAUGGUAUUGGCCAGGUGAUCAGCGGUGCCUGGUUUCCUCCAGACGUGACGCUUGGCAUUCAGGCCAAAGAGUUCAAUCUUGGUUUCAUCAGACCAGAGAAUCUUGUUUCUCAUAGUCCGAGACUCCUUUAGGUGCUUUUUGGCAAACUCCAAGUGGGGUGUCGUGCCUUUUACUGAGGAGUGGCUUCCCUCUGGCAACUCUACCAUAAAUAACUGAUUGGUGGAGUGCUACAGAGAUGGUUGGCCUUCUGGAAGGUUCUCCCAUCUCCACAGAGGAACUCUGGAGCUCUGUCAGAGUGACCAUCAGGUUCUUGGUCACCUACCUGACCAAGGCCCUUCUCCCCCGAUUGCUCAGUUUGGCCGGGCGGCCAGCUCUAGGAAGAGUCUUGGUGGUUCCAAACUUCUUCCAUUUAAGAAUGAUGGAGGCCACUGUGUUCUUGGGGACCUUCAAUGCUGCAGAACUUUGUUGGUACCAUUCCCCAAAAUCUGUGCCUCGACACAAUCCUGCACUGGAGCUCUGUGGACAAUUUCUUCGACCUCAUGGCUUGGUUUUUGCUCUGACAUGCAGUGUCAACUGUGAGACCUUAUAUAGACAGGUGUUUGCUUUUCCAAAUCAUGUCCAUUCAAUUGAAUUUACCACAGGUUUACCACAGGUCUAGUUAUAGAAACAUAUCAAGGAUGAUCAAUGGAAACAGGAUGCACCUGAGCUCAACUUCGAGUCUCAUAGCAAAGGGUCUGAAUACUGUUUCCAUUCCCCAAAUAAUCCAAGCUUUUCUGGAGGCAAAAGGGGGUCCGACUCGGUACUAGAUGGGUGUACCUAAUUAACGGGCCACUGAGUAUGUCAACAAUCUUUCCUCCAAAGGACCAUUCUAGGGAUAAAAUGUUGUGAAAUCCUGGUUUUGUGAGGAAUGCCUCAAAUACACUGUGAACACACUGCUUUCCUCAUGUUUGUGAAUAAACUGUGCACUUACAUUUUCUUCCCAAUUUGUGGUUCUCCUCAAUCGGUGUACUGUUGCAAAUCUAAGCUUCAAGGCCAGUUGUUGCCCACAACUGUUUCCACUUUUUUAGUCCUUUGUUGCUAUCUGUUUGGGCUCCGAGAAACAGAGUAGGCCUAUAUUCCCUCCACUAAAGUCCCACCUCUGAUUUGAAGUGGACUCAUUCUUAUAGAUGUGAUUUUAUCAACUGGCUGAAGUGAUAAUGCUCUUUCAUUUAUAAAGCAAAUUUCUUGCACAAAACCAAACAUUUAUUGUAUUUUCCCACAGCUAGCAAGGGUUAUUUAUAUUUAUUUACAGUUAUGUUAGGUAUUACUCCUACUCUCUCUUAAAGUGGAACUGACAGCGUUUAGCAACAUUAAAAUCUGUUAAUAUACACCCCCAGGAAGAAUAUGACACCUUUUUAUUACAUUUUCUGAAAAGCUCUGACAAGCGAGCACUUUACGUUUUCGUAAAUUCAUAGAAUGCUUGGGAAUUACCUACAGUAAGGCAUUUGUGAAAAUUCUAUAGCAAUAUAGAGUGGGAAAGCGGCCAUGCAUUUGUCAAUUAAGAGACACCACGGGAGUCUUGCAUUUGGGAACUUUACAGUACUAUUGAUCAAACAACCAUGAAAAGGUAGGCUCUCUCUCCCUCAUUUAUGCACAUCAACAACAACAACAAGAUCAACAACUAAUGCUAGCCAGAGCGAGAUUAGUUAAAAUCUCUCCUGUACUUUUAAAGCUAGUUGGCCAUCAGAAUUGUGCUGAUAAACGAUGGGGAAUAGUAGCCUGAUCUUCUUUCUGCAGCUUGCCUGCCAAUGCAUGCUUGUCCCAACCACUGUUUUGACAACUGAGUGGGAACUUGCCUGCCCGCCCAUUUGAUCGAUGCCAAAUACAUUUGAUUGACAACUGAGGGUGAGUUUUGUAAAUUACCUUCAGUGUGUCAGAGUGCGCUCUAGGUCAUUCGUAAAUUCAGAGCGUUGUCAGAUUGUCCGUUCGUAAAUUCAGAGCGUACACGGCACUAUUGACACUAGACGCUCUGGCCAAGGAGUAGGGUUGAUCCAAGUGUUCAUCACAGCAGUCAAGCACCCAAGCUAACUGGCUAAAGUUGCUAGCUUGCUAGCUACUUCCAGACACAAAUGAGAGAACACCUCAUUCUGACCAUUUUAAUCACCCUAGCAGAGAUAGUUAGGCUGUUUACAUGGUAUCUAGAACGGUAGUGACGAACUGUCCUGCUGGCAACAAUUUAAUAACUUAUUUUGUUGACGUUUACUGACACCGGUCAUAUUCAGCAGGUGUUGCACAUUCGUAAAAGAUUUGCUAACUGGAUAACAGUUGUUCAAGUUCAGCAUAGCUAGCAAAGCGAUUCACAUUUAUUUAUAGCUAACCAAAUGACCUGCAUCUCUAGCUGUAGCCACCAAAAAACUGAGGGGAACAAGUCAGUCAUUCACCGACCCACUCCUCCAAUCCUCCCAGCAGCUAGCUAGCUAGCUAACGUUAGGCGCCGUUUUUUUAGCUUGCUAAAUAAAUUCAUUGUUAAAUAGAUACGCUAGCCUAUUAGCCACGUUAUUACUGACUUGUGAUCAUUGCCCUUGCUAGUUACCAAACAUUCCCAGACUUAGGGUAGUUACAUUUGUCUGUUUUUGUCCAAAAUAUUGAGUCAUUGAAACUGAAAAAGUGCAUCCCAAAUGGGUGGAGGCAGCAAACAAUGUACCAGGCCAGCUGUGAUUUGACAAUCUGUUAACAAAAAAAAUUACUACCAUGAAAAAUAUUGGUGAAUUAUAUGAAUCAUGCAUUGAACUGCAUCCAUCUAUUCUGCCAACAACUCCUUACGUUACGUCAUGUAAUUUUGAGUCAAAUAGAACCUAUUUGUAAAACCUCUUAUGAAGUUGGUUUUGUAGCAUAAACUGGGAAUUUUAUAUUUUUUGACAGAUUAUGAUUGUCUGUUUCAUAUCUGCAAAGUAGUUAAAACGCUGUCAUUCCACUUUAAGCUAUCUACUGUAAUGCUGCCUCAUGCCUCUAACGAUGAGGUCCCACUGGGCACAGAUGUCAAUUCAAUCUAUUCCACGUUGGUUCAACGUCAUUUCACGUUGGUUCAACCAGUGUAUGCCCCAGCUAAGUUUACAUUUAGCUGUUUGUGAUGUCUCCACUUUCAUAUUUUAUUUCAUUCAUGUCAUUGGUCACCUGUACAUUUUGCAUGUGUCUUCACAGAGAUUACUUGCACAUGUAGCAUUACUGAAACAGGAACCUGGAGCCUCUUUCUCCCUGGAUGAAAACAGUCCUGAGCCCUGCACUUACUCCACGGGUGAACAGUUAUGUAACUCAGACAUGACCUAUGACAUCACUGUGUCCUUCAAAUCCAACAAGCCAGGUCUUUACAAACAGUGGUUGGUGUUUGAUUUCGACAUGAGGCCAGUCCUUCUACAGAAACUCAAGGUUAAAGUCGGACAGCAGCCAUCCCCUAUCCUCGAGGAGCCACCUGAGGACAUUGGGCGCCCUUCCCAGAAUCUCGAACACUGGCAUAGGGGGAACAGGGUCAUCGUCCCAUGCUUGGACAAGACAAAAGUACAGGAAGAGCUUCUGAAGGAGUACAAGCCACCUCAGAUUAACUUGCAGUAUAAACCACUUAAUGACAGCAACACAGCCAUGACUCACCAGAACUACAAAAAGAGAAUGCACAGCUUCCUGUACACAGAGGAGAAGGCAGAAGAUCAGGUAGUUUCAAGGUAAUAACAUCAGUACCUUUUUCAUGGCUUUGUUUCUUAACUGAUCAUUCCCAAUACUAUUAUAAAUACAUCACAUCUAACAGCAGAGACGAGACUAGACGGUUUUAUGCAGUUUUCAAACGAAGUUUGCUUGAUCUGAAGCUCCGGUUAGCAAGCCUUAAGUGCUCAAAUUUCUCUCAACCAGGGUUUCCGUUAGGAACAUGUGGCGCUGGACAUUUGACCGGCAACAUUUUUUAUUGACCGGACAUUUGAGAAAUUUAAAGGACCCAUAUGUAUUGGGUGCGUAACCUGAUUAGGGUGUCCACCCACUGUGCUCAGAAUGACAGAAAUCACAUUUAGAAUGUUAAUUCAUAUUAACAGAACAUGCAAGUCCGAGGAUGCAACGAUGUGCAGCUCUUCUUACCGAAUUCUGAUGUGCACUUUGAACAUGUUACAAUAACUGCCCACAUUUACUUUUCCUCAACCAACAAGAGGAGUAAUGAACAGCAAAAUCACUAGCCUGUGUCAAUCUACUAUAGUAGAAAAGUUUAGGCUACCUAUUCUAUUGGUCAGCUUGUCGAAAGAAAUUGCCUAUUCCAAACAGACUCUGGGACAGUUGUGGGACUAUAGAGCCCAAAUUCCAUUCAACCAGUAGGUCUAGGCUACAUAAAAAAUAUAUACAUUAAAAAGCAAUGAGUCUGAUGCAACAGAUCAGAACAUUUAGCUUAAAAGGUUGAUAAACUAUUUUUCUUCACAUAAGCACAGCAAUGCACACAAGGCAGUAGGCUGCGCGCGAAUGUUCGCUCCAUAAUGCAAUUAGUGGGAAAACACUUGUCAAAAGGGCACUGCGCAUGCCAGCGGUUUCAUGUGAAAUUUUUAAAGAGAGGACAUCUUCUAAGCUACUUUGAAGCAAGGUAAGACAUGCCUCGUAAUAUGUACAUUGAACAAAAUGCAACAAUUUCUAAAGAUUUUACUGAGUUACAGUUCAUAUAAGGAAAUCAGUCAAUUGAAAUAAAGCCCCAAUCUAUGGAUUUCACAUGACUGGGAAUACAGAUAUGUAUCUGUUGGUCACAAAUACCUUAAAAAAAAGUAGGGGCGUGGAUCAGAAAACCAGUCAGUAUCUGGUGUGACCACCAUUUGCCUCAUGCAGUGUGACACAUCUCCUUCGCAUAGAGUUGAUCAGGCUGUUGAUUGUGGCCUGUGGAAUGUUGUCCCACUCCUCUUCAAUGGCUGUGCAAAAUUGAUAGAUAUUGGCGGGAACUGGAAAACACUGUCGUACAUACUUACCAAACAUGUGACGUCUGGUAAGUAUGCAGGCCACGAAAGAACUGGGACAUUUUCAGCUACCAGGAAUUGUGUACAGAUCCUUGAAUCAUUAUCAUGCUGAAACAUGAGGUGAUAGCGGCGGAUGAAUGGCACGACAAUGGGCCUCAGGAUCUCAUCACGGUAUCUCUGUGCAUUGAAAUGACCAUCAAUAAAAUGCAAUUGUGUUCAUUGUCCAUAGCUUAUGCCUGCCCAUAUCAUAACCCCACCGCCACCAUUCGGCACUCUGUUCACAACGUUGACAUCAGCAAGCCGCUCGCCCACACGACGCCAUACACGUUGUCUGCCAUCUGCCCGGUACAGUUGAAACCGGGAUUCAUCCAUGAAGAGCACACUUCUGCACCGUGCCAGUGGCCAUCGAAGGUGAGCAUUUGCCCAAUGAAGUUGGUUAAGACGCUGAACUGCAGAUAACGACUAGCAUGCAGAUGAGCUUCCCAAGACUGUUUCUGGCAGUUUGUGCAGAAAUUCUUCAGUUGUGCAAACCCACAGUUUCAUCAGCCGUCUGGGUGGCUGGUCUCAGACGAUGCCGCAGGUGAAGAAGCCGGAUGUGGAGGUCCUGGGCUGGGGUGGUUACACGUAGUCUGCUGUUUUGAGGCCGGUUGUAUGUACUGCCAAAUUCUCUAAAAUGACAUUGGAGGUGGCUUAUGGUAGAGAAAUGAAAAUUAUAUUCUCUGGCAACCGCUCUGGUGGACAUUCCUGCAGUCAGUAUGCCAAUCGCACGCUCCCUCAAAACUUGAGACAUCUGUGGCAUUGUGUUGUAUGACAAAACUGCACUCCAGCUCAUUGCAAAGUAGUGUGUGACGCGCUGAUGAAGCUUGCCGUUUGAUGCCGUGUUCAAAACUGGGUACUCGGAACUCAGAAAUCUCCGACUUCCGACUUCAGUGCGUUCAAGGCAACAGGGGAAAAAAACUAGCUCAGACUGGGAUUAUUUUUUUUGAAAGGUCAUCCAACUCGGAAUUCCAACUUGGGAAUUCUGGCCUCUUUCUAGUGCUCCGACCUGAAGAUCACUGAAGUCAUGAUUUGACCUCGUAUUUUUCCCAGUUGCCUUGAAAGCACCACAGGAUGCUGUAGCUGUCACGAUCGUUGAACAGAGUGGACCAAGGCGCAGCGUGAUGAGCAAACAUACUUUAUUAUCUUUAGUGAUAACAAGAACAAAACAAUAAACGAACAACGUGACGUCCUAGGUUAAACGACCAACACGGAACAAACCAAAAGGAACAAGAUCCCACAACUACUGUGGGAAAACAGCCUGUAUAAAUAUGGCUCCCAAUCAGAGACAACCAGCAACAGCUGACACUCGUUGCCUCUGAUUGGGAACCACUCUGGCCAACAUAGAAAUACAAUACAUAGAAUAUACAACACAGAACAAGAACACAUAGAAUCUACACACCCUGGCUCAACAUAUAGAGUCCCCAGAGCCAGGGUGUGACAGUACCCCCCCCCCCCCCAAAGGCGCGGACUGCGACCGCGCCUCAACAUAAACCAAACAGGGGAGGGCUGGGUGGGCAUUCCUCCUCGGAGGAGGUUCCGGCUCCGGGCUUGCCCACCACCCUCCAAUAAUCCCCCCGUAGCGCCCCUGGUCCGGUCUGGCCCCGCUGGCUGGAGCUGGACUGGACAUCGUAGGAGCGGAUUGCUUAAGCUCCGGUGUGGAGCAGCUGACUGGUACCUGACCGGGCACCGGUGACCCAGGCACGGGUUGUGCCGGACUGACGAUGCGCACCCCUGGCUUGGUGCGUGGAGCAGGAACGGGCCGGACCGGGCUGACGAUGCGCACCCCUGGCUUGGUGAGUGGCGCAGCAACGGGCCGGACCGGGCUGACGAUGCGCACCCCUGGCUUGGUGCGUGGAGCAGGAACGGGCCGUACCGGGCUGACGAUGCGCACCCCUGGCUUGGUGCGUGGAGCAGGAACGGGCCGUACCGGGCUGACGAUGCGCACCGUAGGCUUGGUGCGAGUGGCAGGAACAGGCCGGGCCGGGCUGGCGACGCGCACCGUAGGCUUGGUGCGAGUGGCAGGAACAGGCCGGGCCGGGCUGGCGACGCGCACCGUAGGCUUGGUGCGAGUGGCAGGAACAGGCCGGGCUGGCGACGCGCACCGUAGGCUUGGUGCGAGUGGCAGGAAACAGGCCGGGCCGGGCUGGCGACGCGCACCAUUAGCUUGGUGCGGGGAACAGGAACAGGCCGGGCUGGCGACGCGCACCAUUAGCUUGGUGCGGGGAGCAGGAACAGGCCGGGCCGGGCUGGCGACGCGCACCAUUGGCUUGGUGCGGGGAGCAGGAACAGGCCGGGCCGGGCUGGAGACGCGCACCGUUAGCUUGGUGCGGGGAGCAGGAACAGGCCGGACCGGGCUGGCGACGCGCAACGUAGGCUUGGUGCGGGGAGCAGGAACAGGCCGGGCCGGGCUGGAGACGCGCACCGUUAGCUUGGUGCGAGGAGCAGGAACAGGCCGGACCGGGCUGGCGACGCGCACCGUAGGCUUGGUGCGAGGGGCAGGAACAGGCCGGGCCGGGCUGGCGACGCGCACCGUAGGCUUGGUGCGAGGGGCAGGAACAGGCCGGGCCGGGCUGGCGACGCGCACCAUCAACUUAGUGCGGGGAGCAGGAACGGGCCGGACCGGACUGGUGACGCACACCACUUGCUUGGUGUGAGGAGCGGGACUGGGUUUCGUCAUAACCCUCCGCUCCCUCAGCUGCCUACACAGUUCCUCUCGCCGUGCCUCUAUUCUCACCUUCUCCCUUAUCGCCUCCAGUAGCUCCACCCUCUGCACCACUAACUCCUGCUCCCUCUGCACCAAUAGCCCCCUUAACCUGGUGGCCUCCUCACCUAACCUCCUAAUACGCCCUGUAGCUGCCUCCUGCUGCCCCGUCGCCCAUGCCGUGUGCCCCCCCCCCUAAAUUUUUUUUGGGGUUGCCUCUCGUCCGUCCGACGACGACACUGUUGACGCCGUUGCUCCUCUCUCCGUCGCGCCUCUACCGUCUCCUUCCAUGGACGGCGAUCCAUCCCGGCCUGGAUUUCCUCCCAGGUCCAGGACCCCUGCCCGUCCAAUAUUUGCUCCAACGUCCAGGCUGCCUGCUCCUGGACACGCUGCUUGGUCCUGGUAUGGUGGGAUCUUUUGUCACGAUGUUCCACUCAAAGGCUCUGCAUCUGUAUGCAGUAUAUGUGUGAUAAAUAAGAUACAAAACUAACAUAGGCUACUGUACACACACCAAUUGAAUUCCACAGAAUUAUGAUAAUUAACCUAUAGACCGAUACGCAUGACCAGUCAAAUGUAUUUCCAUUGACUGGUAUUUCUAUCAAUGAAUAGGCUAAAAAGCAUGAUUUUGCAAUGGACAUUUUUCUUCUCCUGGACAAUUCGCCAGCGGGAAUUUUAUUUAUCAGUUGUGCAAACCCACAGUUUCAUCAGCCGUCUGGGUGGCUGGUCUCAGACGAUGCCGCAGGUGAAGAAGCCGGAUGUGGAGGUCCUGGGCUGGGGUGGUUACACGUAGUCUGCUGUUUUGAGGCCGGUUGUAUGUACUGCCAAAUUCUCUAAAAUGACAUUGGAGGUGGCUUAUGGUAGAGAAAUGAAAAUUAUAUUCUCUGGCAACCGCUCUGGUGGACAUUCCUGCAGUCAGUAUGCCAAUCGCACGCUCCCUCAAAACUUGAGACAUCUGUGGCAUUGUGUUGUAUGACAAAACUGCACUCCAGCUCAUUGCAAAGUAGUGUGUGACGCGCUGAUGAAGCUUGCCGUUUGAUGCCGUGUUCAAAACUGGGUACUCGGAACUCAGAAAUCUCCGACUUCCGACUUCAGUGCGUUCAAGGCAACAGGGGAAAAAAACUAGCUCAGACUGGGAUUUUUUUUUUGAAAGGUCAUCCAACUCGGAAUUCCAACUUGGGAAUUCUGGCCUCUUUCUAGUGCUCCGACCUGAAGAUCACUGAAGUCAUGAUUUGACCUCGUAUUUUUCCCAGUUGCCUUGAAAGCACCACAGGAUGCUGUAGCUGUCACGAUCGUUGAACAGAGUGGACCAAGGCGCAGCGUGAUGAGCAAACAUACUUUAUUAUCUUUAGUGAUAACAAGAACAAAACAAUAAACGAACAACGUGACGUCCUAGGUUAAACGACCAACACGGAACAAACCAAAAGGAACAAGAUCCCACAACUACUGUGGGAAAACAGCCUGUAUAAAUAUGGCUCCCAAUCAGAGACAACCAGCAACAGCUGACACUCGUUGCCUCUGAUUGGGAACCACUCUGGCCAACAUAGAAAUACAAUACAUAGAAUAUACAACACAGAACAAGAACACAUAGAAUCUACACACCCUGGCUCAACAUAUAGAGUCCCCAGAGCCAGGGUGUGACAGUACCCCCCCCCCCCCCAAAGGCGCGGACUGCGACCGCGCCUCAACAUAAACCAAACAGGGGAGGGCUGGGUGGGCAUUCCUCCUCGGAGGAGGUUCCGGCUCCGGGCUUGCCCACCACCCUCCAAUAAUCCCCCCGUAGCGCCCCUGGUCCGGUCUGGCCCCGCUGGCUGGAGCUGGACUGGACAUCGUAGGAGCGGAUUGCUUAAGCUCCGGUGUGGAGCAGCUGACUGGUACCUGACCGGGCACCGGUGACCCAGGCACGGGUUGUGCCGGACUGACGAUGCGCACCCCUGGCUUGGUGCGUGGAGCAGGAACGGGCCGGACCGGGCUGACGAUGCGCACCCCUGGCUUGGUGAGUGGAGCAGCAACGGGCCGGACCGGGCUGACGAUGCGCACCCCUGGCUUGGUGCGUGGAGCAGGAACGGGCCGUACCGGGCUGACGAUGCGCACCCCUGGCUUGGUGCGUGGAGCAGGAACGGGCCGUACCGGGCUGACGAUGCGCACCGUAGGCUUGGUGCGAGUGGCAGGAACAGGCCGGGCCGGGCUGGCGACGCGCACCGUAGGCUUGGUGCGAGUGGCAGGAACAGGCCGGGCCGGGCUGGCGACGCGCACCGUAGGCUUGGUGCGAGUGGCAGGAACAGGCCGGGCUGGCGACGCGCACCGUAGGCUUGGUGCGAGUGGCAGGAACAGGCCGGGCCGGGCUGGCGACGCGCACCAUUAGCUUGGUGCGGGGAACAGGAACAGGCCGGGCUGGCGACGCGCACCAUUAGCUUGGUGCGGGGAGCAGGAACAGGCCGGGCCGGGCUGGCGACGCGCACCAUUGGCUUGGUGCGGGGAGCAGGAACAGGCCGGGCCGGGCUGGAGACGCGCACUGUUAGCUUGGUGUGGGGAGCAGGAACAGGCCGGACCGGGCUGGCGACGCGCAACGUAGGCUUGGUGCGGGGAGCAGGAACAGGCCGGGCCGGGCUGGAGACGCGCACCGUUAGCUUGGUGCGAGGAGCAGGAACAGGCCGGACCGGGCUGGCGACGCGCACCGUAGGCUUGGUGCGAGGGGCAGGAACAGGCCGGGCCGGGCUGGCGACGCGCACCGUAGGCUUGGUGCGAGGGGCAGGAACAGGCCGGGCCGGGCUGGCGACGCGCACCAUCAACUUAGUGCGGGGAGCAGGAACGGGCCGGACCGGACUGGUGACGCACACCACUUGCUUGGUGUGAGGAGCGGGACUGGGUUUCGUCAUAACCCUCCACUCCCUCAGCUGCCUACACAGUUCCUCUCGCCGUGCCUCUAUUCUCACCUUCUCCCUUAUCGCCUCCAGUAGCUCCACCCUCUGCACCACUAACUCCUGCUCCCUCUGCACCAAUAGCCCCCUUAACCUGGUGGCCUCCUCACCUAACCUCCUAAUACGCCCUGUAGCUGCCUCCUGCUGCCCCGUCGCCCAUGCCGUGUGCCCCCCCCCCUAAAAUUUUUUUGGGGUUGCCUCUCGUCCGUCCGACGACGACACUGUUGACGCCGUUGCUCCUCUCUCCGUCGCGCCUCUACCGUCUCCUUCCAUGGACGGCGAUCCAUCCCGGCCUGGAUUUCCUCCCAGGUCCAGGACCCCUGCCCGUCCAAUAUUUGCUCCAACGUCCAGGCUGCCUGCUCCUGGACACGCUGCUUGGUCCUGGUAUGGUGGGAUCUUUUGUCACGAUCGUUGAACGGAGUGGACCAAGGCGCAGCGUGAUGAGCAAACAUACUUUAUUAUCUUUAGUGAUAACAAGAACAAAACAAUAAACGAACAACGUGACGUCCUAGGUUAAACGACCAACACGGAACAAACCAAAAGGAACAAGAUCCCACAACUACUGUGGGAAAACUGCCUGUAUAAAUAUGGCUCCCAAUCAGAGACAACCAGCAACAGCUGACACUCGUUGCCUCUGAUUGGGAACCACUCUGGCCAACAUAGAAUUACAAUACAUAGAAUAUACAACACAGAACAAGAACACAUAGAAUCUACACACCCUGGCUCAACAUAUAGAGUCCCCAGAGCCAGGGUGUGACAGUAGCAGCAGCUCUUGAACUGUCUGACAGAUGUUCCACUCAAAGGCUCUGCAUCUGUAUGCAGUAUAUGUGUGAUAAAUAAGAUACAAAACUAACAUAGGCUACUGUACACACACCAAUUGAAUUCCACAGAAUUAUGAUAAUUAACCUAUAGACCGAUACGCAUGACCAGUCAAAUGUAUUUCCAUUGACUGGUAUUUCUAUCAAUGAAUAGGCUAAAAAGCAUGAUUUUGCAAUGGACAUUUUUCUUCUCCUGGACAAUUCGCCAGCGGGAAUUUUAUUUAUCGGCUUUAAAAAAAUCAACCACGCGUCUCGUCUAUUUGAUCUGUCUAGUUUUGCCUCGUCUCGUCUCUCCUAAUGUUGGCUGUUACAUGUGACCAUAGCUUAAGUCUCUCCAUGGCCUUUCGGGUUUUAGACUCAGUGUUCGAGGGACCAUCACCUUGUCUGCCACCCUAGACGACCCUCAGUUCGGAUUGAAGACAGCUCCUCUGGGGGAACUAUUCUGUGCCGUCUCAGUCCCUUAUACUCUCACCCAAGACAACCCAGAGGGUUGGGUGUUUAGACGAAGUGUCCAGUCAGCUCUCAUAGCACCAGUAUCUUCAGAUAAGGUCUACGAAGCCAUCAUCCUCCGAGAUGCCACAAGUGAGAAUAAAAUGCACUUGCAGCUGUCUGAAAGAUGCUGCUCUGACCUGAAGCUCCAAAGAAAUGAAAAAUGUGAAAUGGAGGUCCAGUUCCAGCUGAAUCGUCUGAAGUUCUGUGAGAUGCACAAAGCCAUAGAUCUCCUUCCAAACACAGAGAGAGUGUUGCCAGACUUCAGGAACUGCAUUGUCCCUGUUAAUAAAAUGGAAUAUCCCAAACUCAAUGCAAAGCAGCAAGCAGCCAUUGAUUUCAUCGUAGGGGACUCAGAUGGAAGAGGUGUGGCACCACUCCUCAUUUAUGGACCGUUUGGAACUGGGAAAACCUUCACGCUCGCUACAGCAGCCAAAGAGCUGGUACGGCAGCCUCACACCAGAAUACUGAUCUGCACCCUCACCAAUAGGUAAUGACUCCAGUGUUCUAUAUAGAUUCACUUACAGAGUUUAACUUUCUGGUACCUUAAUAUAUGUUCAGUCUUACAUAAUGCAAUUAGUUGACAUGCAGUCAAUUCAGGAAGUUAUUUACAUUUAAAAUUGAAAAACAUUUAAAAUAGCUUAUGCUCAAAUUCUGUGUUAUUAUUUAUGUUUACUUCCGGAAUUGACUGUCUUCAAUUUGAAUUGACCCCAGCCCUGAGUUGACAGGUACACAUUGUUACAUAAUAGUGCUUAAAACUGUUAAAAACGUAUGUGAGCUUUUUGUAAACAUUAGAUUUGCAACAAAGGAAGUUUAUUUGACCUCUGUGUAGUGAUUAACUAAGAUAACACAGUUAGGCCAUAGGGCUAUCAUGAGUUUGCCCGUUAAUCAUUUGAAUUGUGUAAGCCUGAUUUAGGUUUGACAGUUAUAAUUAUUAUGCUUUGUAUUAAUCCCAAUGUUAACACACACAUUUUAAUCCCAAUGUUAACACACACACACACACACACACUUGUAGUUACAAUGUACCUGCUUUUUAAUUACUGGUGCAACAUCAAUUUCAUGAAAAUGUAGGGAGACCAGUUUUCCAUUCUGGUUUGAAGGACAGUCACAUUUUAGUGGAACUGUUAAAUUGUAAACACAGUUAAACCCUCUCUUUCUCUGGUCAGUUCUGCAGAUUUGUAUGUCAAAGACCACUUCCAUCCAUACAUCAACUCUGGACACCCUGAGAUGAAGCCACUGAGAAUAAAAGCAAAUAAAAAAGGGGUUCCAGUGAGUGCCACGGAUGGGAUCACACAGAAGUACUGCCUUCUAUCCAAAGAUGGACAGUUUUUUCUCCCUCCUACCAAAUCUGCUUUGGAUUGCCACCAAAUAGUCAUAACAACUACUGCAAUGGCAAGGCACUUCAAUGACUUGAAGCUUUCUGAUGGCUACUUCACCCACAUCCUGAUUGAUGAAGCCUCCCAGAUGCUCGAAUGUGAAGCCCUGAUGCCGCUUGGUCUGGCAGGGCCAGUAACUCGAGUGGUUCUAGCCGGAGAUCACAUGCAGAUGGGACCAAAACUAUUUUCAGUAGACGAUGACCAAUGCUCCAAUCACACUUUGCUGAGCCGUCUGUUCCACUUCUAUCAAGGCCAGGAGAGUAGUGCAGCUUUGAAAAGCAGAAUAAUAUUUAACGAGAACUAUCGCACCACAAAAGAGAUUGUAGAAUUUGUGUCCACUCACUUCUACGUUGGCAAGUCUGAUGCCAUCAAGGCUGUAGGUAAUGUUCCAGCUCAUCCGAACUGCCACCCCCUGAGGUUUCACCAUGUCAGAGGAGAAUCCCACUUGGACACCACAUCUAUGUCAUGGUUUAACCUUGACGAGGUUGAAUGCGUGGUUAAAAUAGUGCAAAAUCUGCUCAGAGAUUGGCCACUCGCAUGGGGGAAUCAUGAUCAAAACUCAAUCUGUGUUCUCUCUGAACGAUGCCAGGUAAAACAGCUGAUCCUCAUUUAAACAUAUCAAUUACCAUGUUUAAGAAUUCUAAAUCAUUUCUUGAGAGAAUGAGGAAAAACCAAGUCAAUGUUGUGUUGUGUCCUUAACUUUUUUGGUGAUAUUAUUUAUUUAUUUUUCAUAGAUCUCAAUGAUCAGGAAAGAGCUUCGGAAAAGAAUGCUUGGCCAAGUGACUGUGGAGAACAUAGCCAAUGUUCAAGGUAUUUAUCAUGAAAACAACUCAAAGAUUUGGGCUGGAAUUCAUUCCGAUCGUGCUUUGUGGACAAUGCGGCUUUUAAAGGCAAUGUUCCUGCGUUCAGUCGCUGCAUAUGUCGGCUCAAUCAGAAAUUACUUUUAAAUGGUGCAUUGUCGACAAAGCACGAUUGGAUUGAAUCCCGGCCUUGAUGUGAUUAAUUUGCAAACAUUAACCAGUAAUUUGUUAAUAUUACAUUUUAGUAAUAUUUUUGUUGACUUAUUUUCUGUUCUUUUAUUUUGAUCUUUGUAUAGAAACCUUUCUAUUCUUCAACCUAAUGGGUCCUUAACCAUAUAACACUUUCAUUGUUUCUUGACAGGCAAACAGUUCAGAGCAAUAGUAAUGACAGCCGUUCAAACCCGUGACAGCCUUCACCCACCUGACUCAUAUUGUGUGGAGUUUUUCAACAAUGCUCGCAUGCUGAACACGGCCAUGACUAGGGCUCAAUCCCAGGUUGUUGUGGUUGGAGAUGCUGCUGCGCUCUGCUACUUUGGGAAGUGCUCAAGAAUCUGGAGAAGCUACAUUCACCAUUGUAUUAGCAAGGGAAGUGCUGAACCGAAACACCUUACCAACGACUUCAUUGAUGGUGAUAUCAAAGAAAUCUCAAGAUUCCAACGGACAGAAUACCUGGAUGAGAGCAGCACUCAGUCAGUUAUGUUCGACACAGAGAACGACAUGGAUGCUAUUCUCCAAGAACUACAAAAGGAGCAAAACAUGGCACACUACAAUUCAUCUUAUGGAGACAGUUCAGAAUGUGAACAUGUAGUGGAACGAAAGAGACCAUACGAUAGUACCAAAGUUGAAAGAGAUGCCUUGUUGCAGUUGUUGAGAGAGCAGCCCAAUGUGUACAAGCGAGGUGAAUUGGUCAUGGAGAAACAUAACGCAGGUUAUAUCAUUCCAUUUGACAACCCAACUAACCACAUUAUCAUCAAAGGUAGAGGUAACCUCGGCAAGUCCUUCUGUGGUGAUGAAGUGGUGGCUGAAAUAGUUCCUUGUGAGGGCAUUCCACAGGGAAAGGUGUUAGGCACCAUCAAGGCAUCUGAAUCCCGUCGUGUGUUUGCUUGUACCCUUGAAGAUGAAGAUUACCAUAAACCCAAAACGAAGUCGCAAUAUAAUUUCCUCCGAAAAUUUAUGGUACCCCUCAACACAAACGCCAGCAAAAUGUGCACCUUGGUCAGCAAGAAGAGUUCCAAUUGUAUUCCAAUAUGGAAGCAUGAUGAUGGAGAAUGGAAGAUUGUCGGAUAUCAACACCUUGAUGAAGAAAUCAAACGCAAUCGUGUAUUCAUGGUGGAGGUGUUCUGCUGGAAAACAAAAACCGAAAAUAAAGGAAACUAUGCCUAUCCGUUAGGGAACGUGAUAGACAUUCUUUCCAUAGGAUCAUCUUUGGAGGAGGGCUUAAGGAUUUUGGAUGCAGAAUUUAAAGUUCAACCGUUGCCUCCCAGCCAUGUUUUAGCUGAACCGUGUUCCUGGGAAGACACCCAAAAUGGUAACAGAAAGGACAUCCGAAAGUUGAUUACUUUCACUGUUGACCCAAAGAAAUCCCAAGGCUUGGAUGAUGCAAUCAGUGUCAUUGAUAUGGAAAGCGAUUAUGAGGUUGGAGUCCACAUAGCAGAUGUGGCAAGUUUUGUGAAUCUUGGUGAUUCGUUGGAUGAUGAUGCACAAAAACAGGGCAAAACAACUUACAGCCCUAGAAAAGAACCAGUUUACAUGUUCCCAAAACCAGUUAGCAUCAACCACUUGAGUCUCCUGCCUGGUCAAGAUCGAAACGUGGUUUCGUUAAUGGUCAAAGUGGACAAGGCAACACACAAAAUCAUUGACAAGAAGUUCCAGCUAUCGCAAAUCAAGUCUGAUAGAAAGUUGUCUUAUGAUGAGGCAGAGGACAUCCUCAGUAAGCAGUCAGGAGAAGAGGCCAAGUUUGAUACUAUAGAAGACUGUGUUGCUGUGGCAUAUCGUUUUGCCAAAGUCCAAAGGAAGGCCAGGCUUGGCAAGGAUUGGAGCUAUAAAAGCUUGGACAAUCACCAGAUGCCGGGGAAGAGGAGAUCCCAUCAGAUGAUUGAGGAGCUUAGUGUACUGUUCAACAAUUCUGUGUCUGAAUUUUUGAUCAAUGCAAAUGAAACCAUGCACUGCACCCCUCUCCGAUGUCAAGUAAGACCCGACCCUGUAAUGUUAGAAGACUUGAAAGAGCAGUACAAAGACAUCAUACCACUGUCCUCACACCUGAGGCACAACCUUGACCAUGACGUUGACCUUGACCAGAAGGCCAUGGAGAGCAAAAGCUUCUAUGUGCUAACAUCAAUGUGGAAUGAGAUCCUGUCAGCUGCCAAGAAAGAGGAAGUUGACACUGACAGAAUGAUUGAUCUGAUUGGUACAGAUGACAUCUAUCCCCAGCUCCUUCCAGUGAUAUAUGAUUUUAGGAAGUGUUUUGACGAAGCCUAUGUCAUCCGUUCCAAUUCAUCCGAAAAGGCAAGAGUUGGGCACUAUUCCUUGCAACUUGAGUCCUAUACACAAGCAUCCUCGCCCAUACGUUGCUACAUGGAUGUUAUCCUGCAAAGGCUUUUGCAUUCGGUCCUAAGCGGCACUCCGGUCCAAUAUUCUCCACAAGAGAUUGACAUUCUGUGUCAGAAGAUUGAAGACAGCUGCAAGAAGUCCAAUGCGUAUGAAAAGAAGGCCGAGAUGAUCUCCUUUGCCAUGAACAUGAAGAAACAAAAUGCUCCGAAGCUAGCAUUUGUUGUUGGUGUAGAAGGAGACAGUUUCAAGCUGUCAUUUCCGUUCGACGGGCACUCAUUUCCUGACAGUUUGCCUGUUAUGUACAGAGAUUUGCAACUGGGGGAUCAACCACUGUACGAUUCAAAUGAGAACCACAUGACUCUGACAUGGAGAAGGCGAGUGUACUCAGUUGACUCUCCCAAAAUUCACCAAGAGCUAAAAAAGGUGCAAAAUUCAACUGCGUGCAUCAAGCUCCCACAAAAGACUUGGCAAGCCAUUGUUAAUGCAAUUGACCAGGAAAGAUGGAACAUAGCAAGGUCUCUCAUACUAGGUGCCCCAACAAAGCACAUGGAAAAUAUAAAGAGUCUGCCAAAACAUGCCAAGAUGGAUUUGCUUGAAGCUGGGAAUGACUCCCAUAGAACUGCACAUGGACAAGAUGAAAAAAUUGAAAUGGAGCACUAUGUUGAUCUUACCCUACAGUUGAAGCCAGGAGAUACACUUCAAGUCCAAAUGACAUCUGAAAUAAAUAAAAGUUAUUGGACACCAACUGUUCAGUUGGUGUGCAUCAAACCAACAUUUGAGGUGUGUGUAGACCAUGCUCACAGCCCUAUCACAUGCUUCUCCAAAUAUGCAGACUGUCCAUCCAAUAGUAAAUAUAGCAACGCACAAGAGUAUGUGGAGAUCUGGCAACCACUUUGUGAGAUGGAAUCUGCAGACAAUGCUGUGGAUGAAAGUGACAGCAUAAUAAUUGAGGACCUGGAGCUGGACUUACAUUUGAGUCAUUUAGCACAGAAAGGAAGUUUUUACCUUCCUCUCAAAUUCAUUAAAGAAUGGGCCAUUGAAUGCAACCUUAGCAGGUGCUUGCUGUGCAUCCGAAAAAGGGGAUUGAAACUGACUUCAACCCCUGACCAAUCAGAGGAAGUAGUCGACCCUAAGAAUUACACAUGGGUGGCACAUGGUGUUACAACCAACUUUGAAGAACAAAAAAAAAACUCUCCAAAUCAAGCCAGAAAAGUGCACUUCUACAUCAACCACUUGCCAAUGGAUACCAUUCCAGAGUGUGUCUACCAGAGAAAGACAACAUACACAGUUGAGAUAAUCCCAAAGCUUCUCAUAGACAUGCAAGUAUUACAUUAAUUAGUAUGUGAAAAAAAGAGAGCGCCAUGAGCCAUGAAUUGAACAAUUGUGUUUCCGUUUCACUUUAUUUUCCAGUAAUUAUUUAAAACUGUCAACAAAAUGGUGCUUAAAAUGUAAUUACCAUUUAAACAUGUACCUUUUGUAGUAAAUACCUGGUAAUUGCUGCACUCAAAUAUAAAGUGCUACUCACAUUUUAAAAUAUGAUUGUUUUUUUAAGUACACUUUAAAAUAAGAUAAUGUAAAAGUACUAUCCCAUAUUUGUAUUGGAUGGACAUAAUGUUCCCAUAAUUAAUUCAGUAAAUAUAAUUAAUGGUUAACAUUUUCUACUGUCUAGACGUAAAGAAAUGGCUGUGAAAAAUGUUGGGUCUGCAAAUGAGCUUGUUCAGAAAAUAGCCCUAGGACAACGCAUUCCAAAAGGAGGUAAGAACUUUUUUGACAUCUGUGGGAAUUUACAACAACCUUGUUAAGCUAUAUGUUUGAAAGUAUUGCUUUGCGGUCUUGCAGCUUCGCAAUCUGUUGUACCACGGUACCAACUCAUGAGGGAAAAGGUACCAGAAGGUCUCCCAGAGCUAAAUAUGAGUCAAAUUGAUGCAUUGGAGAAAGCUCUGAAUAACAAUUUCACAAUCAUACAAGGGCCACCUGGUAAGUUAUUAAAUGCUACUACCAGAAUACCUGAAGCUGUUUAUAUUGACCAUUGCUAUGUUUACUGUAAUUAAAACUACACACCUGUUUCAUAGGGACUGGAAAGACUGUUUUAGGAGUGUACAUUGUGUACUGGUUCCUUGUGUUGAACUCUAAAACACCCAAGAUAUUUGAAAAUCCGAAGGACAAGGACAAGAAAGAAGUUGUUCUCUACUGUGGUCCUUCCAACAAGUCUGUCGAUGUGGUUGCUGGCAAGUUACUUCAUACUUAAAUUGAAAUUGUCACUACAAAAUAAUGUAUAAUACAACCACAACUUGAACAUGAUCCAAGUUCUCUAGGGAACAUUCUAGGGAACAUUCUAUUAAUUCUGAACAUUCUGUAGAGUGCCUGGUGAAGUUUGGAGACAAGUUGAAGCCCCUCAGGGUGUACAGCCGACAAAUGGAGAUUGCGGAGUACCCUUACCCAGGGAGUGUCCUUCAGCUCUCUCCCAGGUCACUACGCCAGGAGCGGUCCAAGGCAGAACUCAGGUAUAACAGAUACACACAUCACUCUACAGCCAACACCACUUUUUCAGGGAAUCCAUCAUCUCUGUCUUUUGAUAAUCUGAUCGUAGGACUGGCUUUAUCAUGUCUGACCAGUGUCUCAGCAUCUUUUUGUCAAACGGUUCACAUUACGCAAACUCACCAUAUCACUGUAUUUUACCAUAUCUGUACCAUUGUUAGAGAUAUUACCUUGCAUCAUCGCAUACGGGAAGAACAAAAUCCACAUUCCACGGCAAUAAAAGAGUUUGACCACAGAAUAAAGCUAGCAAGAGAAUCAAAGGGAAAGGAGUUGACAGAAGAAGAAGUUGAGGAGUGAGUAAAGAAUUUUGCUGUAAUGCAAUUUUGUAAAAAAUGUAUUUGAAACCAACAUCUGACUGACGUAUGUAUGUACGCCCAUAUGUGUUUUCUUCUAGCUACAAAGGGCUUCUGAAUAAAGCUCGUGUGUAUGAGCUGCAGAGACAUGAUGUCAUUCUGUGCACCUGUACAACAGCCUCCACCCCUAACCUGACUAAAACAGUCAGUGCGCGGCAGAUUCUUAUUGAUGAAUGUGCCAUGGCAACAGAACCUCAGGCCCUCAUCCCUUUGGUCUGCAACAAACCAGAAAAGGUGUGUUAAAAUCCAUGUAUUCAUUUACUUUUGUUAUAGAAUGAUAUUUCCAUGUAUGAUGAACAUAAUAAAAAAAUCCCCAUCAAAAUCUGUCAGUUUAAGCUAGAGAUAUCUGAAAGUUUCAGAGCUACAGCGCUGUUUGUCACACCAGGAGACAUCCCGAAAAUCUGUAGAGUCUACAUUUUACAUUUUUACAUUUUAGUCAUUUAGCAGACUUACAGUUAGUGCAUCCAUUUAUUUUAAUUUUUAUACUGACCCCCCGUGGGAAAUGAACCCACAACCCUGGCGUUGCAAGCGCCAUGCUCUACCAACUGAGCUACACGACCCCCACAUGCCCCAUGGGACUCGUCUGAAGUCGGCAAUACUGAUGUGCCAACUUCUGUCUGUAGUGUCCGAACCGUUUUGGCUACAAAACUAAUAUGACCCCACUGUUGAAAGGGGAGACUCAAAAACACAAUGGUGUUCUCCAUUUUGCUUUACGGUGUCACAGGACUCAUCUGUAUGUAACCCAUACAAAUUAAUGGAAGUAUGGAGGUAGUUUUGUGUCAACAAAGUUAAGGGGUUAAAUAUGGGAGAAAAAUUAAAUACUAUAUUUCCUGAGCUUUCUUACAUCUCCUAGAUAUAGGACAGACACUUCAAAACCUUAUAACUUUAUGAUUUUGUACUGACUUUUUUGACAUUUAUGUGUUAUUCAAUGCGUUCCUAUGACCUAUAGUAGUAAAGGCCAAAUUCUAUAUUUUCUCAAAACAUUUUUUUUUUACAAUUAUAUACAGUGCAUUCGGAAAGUAUUCAGACUCCUUGACUUUUUCCAUAUUUUGUUACGUUACAGCCUUAUUCUAAAAUGGAUUAAAUUGUUUUUUCCCCCCUCAUCAAUCUACACACAAUAACCCAUAAUGACAAAGCAAAAACAGAUUUUUAGACAUUUUUGCACAUUUAUUACAAAUAAAAAAACAGAUCAUAUUCACAUAGGUAUUCAGACCCUUUACUCAGUACUUUGUUGAAGCACCUUUGGCAGCGAUUACAGCCUCGAGUCUUCUUGAGUAUGACGCUACAAGCUUGGCACACCUGUAUUUGGGGAGCUUCUCCCAUUCUUCUCUGCAGAUACUUUCAAGCUCUGUCAGGUUGGAUGGGGAGCGUCGCUGCACAGCUAUUUUCAGGUCUCUCCAGAGAAGUUCGAUCGGGUUCAAGUCCGGGCUCUGGCUGGGCCACUCAAGGACAUUCAGAGACUUGUCCCGAAGCCACUCCUGCGUUGUCUUGGCUGUGUGCUUAGGGUCAUUGUCCUGCUGGAAGACGAACCUUCACCCCAGUCUGAGGUCCUGAGCGCUCUGGAGCAGGUUAUCAUCAAGGAUCUCUCUGUACUUUGAUCCAUUCAUCUUUCCCUCGACCCUGACUAGUCUCCCAGUCCCUGCCGCUGAAAAACAUCCCCACAGCAUGAUGCUGCCAACACCAUGCUUCACCAUAGGGAUGGUGCCAGGUUUCCUCCAGACGUGACGCUUGGCAUUCAGGCCAAAGAGUUCAAUCUUGGUUUCAUCAGAUCAGAGAAUCUUGUUUCUCAUGGUCUGAGAGUCUUUAGGUGCCUUUUGGCAAACUCCAAGCGGGCUAUCGUGCCUUUUACUGAGGAGUGGCUUCUGUCUGGCCACUCUACCAUAAAGGUUUGAUUGGUGGAGUGCUGCAGAGAUGGUUGUCCUUCUGGAAGGUUCUCCCAUCUCCACAGAGGAACUCUGGAGCUCUGUCAGAGUGACCAUCGGGUUCUUGGGGACCUCCCUGACCAAAGCCCUUCUCCUCCGAUUGCUCUGUUUGGCCGGGCGGCCAGCUCUAGGAAGAGUCUUGGUGAUUCCAAACUUCUUCCAUUUAAGAAUGAUGGAGGCCACUGUGUUCUUGGGGACCUUCAAUGCUGCAGAAAUGUUUUGGUACCUUUCCCCAGAUCUGCGCCUCGACACAAUCCUGUCUCGGAGCUCUAAGGACAAUUCCUUCGACCUCAUGGCUUGGUUUUUGCUCUGACAUGCACUGUCAACUGUGGGACCUUUAUAUAGACAGGUGUGUGCCUUUCCAAAUCAUGUCCAGUCAAUUGAAUUUACCACAGGUGGACUCCAAUCAAGUUGUAAAAACACCUCAAGGGUGAUCAAUGGAAACAGGAUGCACCUGAGCUUAAUUUCGAGUCUCAUAGCAAAUGGUCUGUAUACUUAUGUAAAUACGUUUUUUUUUGUUUAAAUGUGCAAAAAUGUCUAACCUGUUUUCGCUUUAUCAUUAUGGGGUAUUGUGUGUAGAUUGAUGAGGGAAAACAUUAAUUUAUUCAUUUAGAAUAGGGCUGUUACGUAACAAAAUGUGGAAAAAGUCAAGGGGUCUGAAUACUCUCCGAAUGCACUGUACUUAAAGGGGGCCUAAAAUUCAAAAUCAAAUAGAUAAAUUAUCCAUUGUAUGACCUUCUUAAAACAAUUUCAUAUGUUAGCUUAGUAGAACCUUAGCUUAGGCUUUAAGGUUAAAAUCAUUUUUGUAUGUUUGUGAUGCUGCCUAUUUAUGUAUAGUGUAUAGAAUGUCGUCAUUAAUAACACGGUUUUCCAUGAUUGUUCAAUCCAGCAAUGGCUCAUACGACGUUCACCUCAGUGGGGCUCCUCAGUAAGAUGCUCCGUAUGAUCAUUUGUUUGACUUAGUUUGACAAUCACAUUUUGGAGUUUUAUACUCUUAGAAAAAAAAAGUUGCCAUCUAGAACCUUAAAGGGUUCUUUGGCUGUCCCCAUAGGAGAACCCUUUGAAGAACACUUUUUGCUUGCAGGUAGAACCCUUUUGGUUCCAGGUAUAACCCUUUUGGGUUCCAUGUAGAACCCUUUGUACAGAGGGUUCUACAUUUUAAGAAUGUGAGUGUGAGCAUUUCUUUAAAAACAAUGUAGAUUUAUUUUCUUAGUUUAACCAUUGAGUUUGGGCAUGUAAAGAGUGCAUCGAUACAGAAUCUGUUAAACUAAGCCUUAACAGCAACCCUGUUUUCUCACCUGCAUCACAAGCAGAUGAGGCUGGAGGGAGGAGCUAUUGGAUGACAGGAUCAUUGUAAUGGCUGGAAUGGAAUAAAUGGAACGGUAUCAAACACAUGAAACAUAUGGAAACCACAUGUUUGACUGUGUUACAUUUAUUCCAUUCCUAUAUGUUUAUUAAAGGUCAUCACCACAUUUGCAAGUGAUGAAGAUUGAUGACGAAAUAACCUCUUUCCACUUCCUAGAUUGUGUUGCUCGGUGACCACAAGCAACUACGUCCCAUCGUUAAGAAUCAACUUCUGAGGAAGUUAGGGAUGUCAAAGUCUCUGUUUGAGCGCUACUUUGAGCGCCGGUCCCAUACAGUGAUGCUGGAUACCCAGUACAGAAUGGUAAGAGGGGGGAAAUGUUUGGGCUAUGAAUUUAUCGUGGCCUAAUUCACAUCAUAUAGUCUAAUUUGCCAAAUGUUUAUCAAAAUAUCAAAUGCCACUGUGCCUUUGACUGCACAGAUAUGCAUUUUGAUGCACAUAGAUUAAUAUCCGAUGACAAAGUACAUAGUAUUCUCCAUUGUUUACCCUUUUUUAGCAUGAAGAUAUAUGCAAGUUCCCAUCUGAGGAAUAUUAUGAAGGAAAACUGAAGACUGUAGUGAAGCCCUCAAAUAGUGUCCUUCAGGCUGACAGACGGCAGACGCACAUUGUUUUCGGGAACGUCAGUGGAGAAGAGGUCAGCCUGGUUGUGAGCACGGAAAAGGGAAAUGAAAACUCCAAAGCGAAUAGAGAGGAGAGAGACAUAGUGGUAAGGAACCCCUUUUGGUUUGUCUUAACUCACACUUCAACACCUUUAACUUCAACACCUACGGCUCAAAUCUUGCCAUUCUACUGGUAUAGUCAGGUGAGUCACUUUCCCAAACGGAACUUAUAUGAUUCAUGGUUUUCUUUUUGUUCAUCACAGGUCUGGCUCGCCAACCGACUGGUAAAAGAAUCCAAAAUAAAACAACAGAAUAUUGCAAUUCUAUCACCCUACAACGCCCAGGUGUCUGAAAUUAAGAAAAAACUGGAUGAACUCAAAAUGGACAAAAUCACUGUCAGCACCAUCACAAAAAGUCAAGGUGACCAUUUUUCUCUCUUACUUUCCCCUCUGUUUUAUCUUGGUUGUGAUUCUAUGGUUGUCCCCCAUUGUCCUUUAGUGAACUUUAAUCUGAUUAGGUUAGCCAUUGCUAUAACAAAUGCUGCUUCGUUUCCAAUGCAGGAAGUGAAUGGUGCUACGUCAUACUGUCCACUGUGCGCUCAUUACCCAGCAAGGAGAUUGAGAUCGAGCCGGACAGGGCCUGGAGGUCCAAACAUGUGGGCUUUGUCGGCGACCCCAACCAGAUCAAUGUGGGCAUCACCAGGGCCAAAGAGGGACUGUGCAUUAUCGGUGAGCAAGACUUUUCAUCCAGGGCUUAGUGUUAAGAUCUAUUAGAACAAGACUAAUCUAAACUACAGUGUCAUUUUUAAAUGUAUUUUCUUCCUUUCCUAAAGGUAACCAAGAGUUGUUGAGCCGCAGUGGCGCUUGGAGACAGCUCCUCAAACAUUAUAGAGCAAGGAACUUUGUCACAGAAGCUGACAAGAUCUCUGUGCGCAAAGUAGCCUGUAAGCACGGUCUACAU